AUGGACCGGCCACAGACAGUGAGGUUUGGGACCCUAACAUCCACCACUCGGACACUGAGCACAGGUUCGCCUCAGGGCUGUGUGUUAAGCCCUUUCCUGUAUGCCCUAUACACAUACGACUGUGCCCCUCUCCACCACUCUAACAUCAUCGUCAAAUUUGCGGAUGACACAACAGUGGUGGGCCUCAUCUCUGGCGGUGAUGAGACAGCAUAUAGGGAGGAGGUCCAGAGGCUUGCAGCCUGGUGCUCAGCGAAUAACCUCCUGCUGAAUGCCAGCAAAACCAAGGAGAUGGUGAUGGACUGGAGGAGGAAGAGAGCUGACCCUGCCCCACUACAGAUAGAGGGCGACUGCGUGGAGAGAGUCUCCUCUUUUAAGUUUCUUGGGGUGCAUGUGGCUGACAACCUAACGUGGUCCACCAACACGUCAGCGGUAGUCGGAAAGGCCCAGCUGAGGCUACACUUCCUAAGACUGCUGAGGAAAUGUGACCUGGAUGUGCACCUGCUGCGUUCCUUCUACCGUUCCACCAUAGAGAGUGUGUUGACAUACUGCCUCACUAUAUGGUACCCAAGUUGCACGGCCAAGGACAGGAAAGCCCAGCCCCACUCUGCUAAGCACUGUGGACAAUCAUCAGUUGAGAAAGACGAGGAUGAGGGAGUUCCCAGUGAAACAGAAGAAGACAGAAGACAGCAGGACAACAGAGCAAAGGAGAUCCGAGAGCUUCUACGAAGGAAAGAUGAGCAAAUCAUCUCUUUAUUGGAGGAGAAGGUCCACAUCUUUAGAGACCUGAGUGACUAUGAUCCUGCCCUCAAUGAUACAAACCCACCAGUCAGGGAGCGGAUGUUAUUCAGGGCCACACCUGAUGAUGUCACAAAGGGGGAGCCAAUCAUAAAGGAUGCCCUGAGGGAAAUGGAGACCUUGCAUGCUUUAGUAAGCAGUUGUGUUGGUGGAGCAGGUUGCAGUGUUCCAGUUGGCCUUGCAGGGGGCAGUGUGGGACCAGUCUCUCUGCCCAGGAGAGCUGAGACUUUUGGAGGGUUUGACAGUCAUCAGAUGAACAGCAGCAAGAAUGGAGAGAAGGAAGAGGGAGAUGAAUUACUGGACCUCCGAAGGACUGAGUCAGACAGUGUGUUGAAGAAGGGAGCCACUGCCAGCCUUCAGAUGCUACUGAAAAGAAACAGUGAGGUCCAAAACAGUGUGACAAAUCUUCACGACCUGCUGAUUUCACUGCAGGCUGUGGUGGUCCAGCAGGACUCGUUCGUCGAGGACCAGCGGCAGGCCCUGAGCGACCGGCUCACCGCAAACUCCUCCAGACAUUCAUCCUCUUCCUCACUUUCUUCCUCUUCUUCCUCCCGCCCCUCCUCCCUCAUCGAGCAGGAGAAACACAGGAGUCUGGAGAGACAGCGACAGGAGGCAGCCAGCCUGCAGAAACAGCUGGCUGCACAUCAGGAAGAAAAGAGGAGGAGAGAGAAGGUAUGGGAGUUGAAAGAGAAAGGACUGGCAGAGCGGGAGGAGAGGCUGAGGGUGGAGGAGGAGGAGACCAGGAGGAGGGGUCAGGAGCUGAUGGAGGAGAGAGACACCCUGCAGAGGAAGAAAGAGGAGUACCAGAGAGACCUGGAAAAGCUGAGGGAGGCUCAGAGGAGACUGGAGAGAGACAAUGAGGCUCUGAGGAGAGACACAGAGAGACUGGAGGCUAUGAAGAGAGAUGAGUCGGAGCAGCUUCAGAGGUACCAGCGGACUCCCUCCACCACCUCUGAAGACUCCAUAAGAUUCCACAGCUCUGGGUCUUUGGAUCUGGAUUCAAAAGAAGCAGCAGAACAGCCAAAAGAGGUGGAGCUCUCAUCCUCUGCCCCGACCAAAGAACCUUUCCUCCGCAUUGGAUCCAAGAGGAUGGGCAAAAACUUUAACCCCUUCUCCUCCUCGUCCUCCUCUAAGCCUCAAGGAGCAGAGAAGGAGUCCCAGCUACCCACCAGACUGCUUCAGCUGGCCAAAUCCAAAGGGAAGAAAGACAAAAAGAAGAAGAAGGGGAAAGGGGGGGAGCAGACACAGAAAGAUAGUACAGUGAUGUUGGAUCAUCAGAAUGAUGGAGACAUCUUCUUCUGCUGAGGACCUGCACAUGAAAUUCUAACCAGACAACUGGACAGUGCAGCAAACAGGACCCAGAUUGUUCAUUAACUCUAUAUUUGGGAAUAAAAUGUAUCUUUGCUGACAGUCUGGCUUCUGGACACUGUCUCUGCCUUCUUGUCAGAUCAUCAGAGAGAGAAUCCAGCUGGGUUCACAGGCUGGUAGUCUAACUUUACCUGCUUGUGUCCCAGGUAAACAAAGGGAAAGACCUCUCAGAGACACCAGACGAAGUUAUGUGGAGCGGAUGAUUCAGUCAGGAGGACUUUAUUGACAAAUGUGCUAAGAAUGUUCUCUACAACCUUUCAUCAUUUAGAGAUGUGAUUGAAAGCCAAGGAGGAUCAAACGAGCAGUGUGAGGAACACAAGAGGAAAACAGAUUCUUGAUUUCUUCCAUCUCUCAAUCAGAGAUCAUGUGUUAGACAUGGUCUUUAAAGUCUUUAGAUUGUAAACUGUAACAAACCUAAGCUUUUACAUCGAACAAUCGUGAGUGCCAUUUUUGCAGAUGCUAACUUUGAAUGCUGUUAAAUCCUCAGUUUGUUAAUUGCCUUUUUUAAUGGAUAGUGACAGCUAAUGGUAGACAGGAAAGGGGGGCAGAGAGAGAAGGUAUGACAUGCAGCAAGGGCCGCAGGUCGGAUUCGAACCCUGGGCCGCUGCAGCAGCUUGGUACAUGGUCGCCAGCUCUACCAGGUGAGCUAACUGGGCGCCAACUCAAUGAACUUUUAAUCUAAUGUGUGAUUUCUAUGUCCCUACAAUGGCUUUACAUUUGUUUUUUAUCAGUCAAGCUGACAAACAAGACAUAAGAGAGUAACAGAUGCCACAUGACAGUGUUUGUAACAGUUACAAACCCUUUAGGCUACCAUUUCUUACUGUCAACAUUUUCUGCUGAGGUCAGUGUGCACAAAAAGGCUACAGACUUCCACACAAAAUCCAUCAAUGACACAUCAGCUAGCAGAGAGAAAUGGUUGAAUCUAUAGAAACAGGCAUGUCUCAUGGUCAAUGGUCAGGACACAAGACGAUAGUGAGAAUGCUCAGCAAAGACUCAGUGACGGAUAUGUCCCUGUCUCCAAGUGCAUGUUCAAAGCAGAUGUUUUCAAUCCUAAUGUUCCUAGAAAUGUAUAGUAUUGUUUUUUUGUAGGUGGUUAUCUCCAUCAGUCAUGAAAUGUACCAGUCAGUAUGGACAACAGAACUCAGUAUGAGCUAAAAUCUUUAAUUAUCAUUUAAUGUGACAAUCAAGGCAGUGUAAUUGUCACUGAAGCACAACAAGAUCAGGAAUACAAAAACUUCAACAACUUUAAAAAUGCACUUUACAUGAGAGAGUGAUGUUGUAUUUUACUGGUCUGUCAUUUCCUAAUAAUUUAAACAUUCAUUUAAUUAAAUUAAUAAUACAUUUUCAGUGACUUCGUACUAAUUACAGGGAGAAUCCUUGAAAGAUAAGUAAUUCUAAUUAAAUUAAAAUUAAUUGAUUAAUUAAUUAAUUAGUGUUCACUAUAAUUAGUAUCAAAUGACAGAUCCUUGUAGGAAAACUAGUAAAUGACAAGAAAAUGAUGUGGAAGUGACAGAACUGUAGAAUAAAGCAUUACCCAUAACAGCAGCAGCAGUAGUUAUGUUGUUGUGGGACUGGGUCAGAAUUCAAUAUUAUUGAAUAUAGACUUUACUGGAUUUAUAUUGAGAUGAUAUUAAGGUGUUAUUGUUUUUACAAACUUCUGAUCAGAAUUAAUGAUUCCAAGCACAUAUAAAUGAAACCUUCCAUUUAUGAGCAGUAGGUUAAAUGUUUUGAAAUUAAUCUGAAUCAGAAAAAGAUUACCAAAUUUAAAGAGAAAUGUAAGAUGUUACAAACCCUAUUAAUUUAUUACUUUUGUUGUGUGUAUUUAAUGUGUUGAAUCAGGAUAUUUUUAAUGAUUGACCUUUGUUCUUUUACAAAAUAACAAAAAAAAAUAUUUUGAAAUUCCUACAGAUAAAUGGUGGAUCACAUAUAGUGUAAAGCUAAUUGUAAAUAAACACCCUAAGAUUAACUAACUAAUUAAGCACACAGUACAAAUCUAUUCACCUUCUCGAAAGAAACCUUUUUAUCUUUCAACACUGUUCUACAUUUCAAGCAAAAGGCACAAAGGUUUGGGGUUGUGAUGUUUUCUUAGUGUAAAACACUGCAGUAGUGCCACCUGUUAGCAGCUAGUGUCCUGCUGUGAAGAGGGAGAUCAGUUUAAAUACCAAUUUAAAGUUUUUUUUGGUGGAUAGACAGGAGAGGGGGGUAGAGAGAGGGGAUGACACGCAGCACCCCCCCCCCAAAAAAAAAAAAAUUGUCCUUAAGUGGGUUUGAGUAAAAACACAUUUUACUGCAGUUUUCUUACGUGGAAAUAUAAUGCAAGGACAUUCUCAGUUGUCUUACUCUUGUACAGUUAAAUACAAAAUCAUAACAAACAUAACAAGCUAAAUCACAAACACAAUGUUUGAACAUAUAGUUUAUUGUUUUGAGGAGGAAAUGAAACCUGAAAUCAUACGUUUUGCUGAGAACUGAGCAUGCUUGGAGGCCUGGCUGUCAUCUCCUCCACAUUGUUCCCAUUCAGUACGCACUGUUUUCUAACACCAUUAAGACUUUUAUAAACUCACAUCCAACCUUACAGUUUUUGCACUGUGAGCUUUCUGACAUGUUUGUACUGAAGACAGAAGGUAAAAAGUUUAUUUUUUUCCUCUCAUUUUAUGUACAAAGGGCAAAGCAACAUAUUUUGUAAAUAUAUUUUAUGUACACAUUUGAACUUUAGUAUUGAUUGAUUGUGGAUUUUGUUUAGUUGGUACAUUUAAAAAAAUAAAUAAUGAAGCUUUAUUUAUCGGUCUUGUUCCUAUUUUUAAAAUGUACAGUAAUUUUUCUCUCUUCAUUAAAAAAUGCUGUUUGUCAUG